CUCUCGGAACGCUUGCACCAUCCAAAUCCUACCGAUCCUUGUAGUCCCAUCAGCUAACACAUUCCCAAGUUCCAAGCCAUGAAGCCGGCCCAGGUGCUGUUCGCGCUCCUCGCCGCCUGGGCGAUGAUCCUGCUGCUGUGCGUCGCGCCGCGGGGCGCCGACGCGGCGACGGUGUGCGACGCCACGCAGCUGACCCCGUGCGCGGGCGCCAUCAUCGGGAACGCGGCGCCCACGGCCGCGUGCUGCAGCAGGAUGAGGGAGCAGCAGCCGUGCUUGUGCACGUACGCGCGCGACCCCAACCUGCAGCGCUACAUCAACUCGCAAAACGGCAAGAAGGUCAUGGCCGCGUGCAAGGUGCCCGUGCCGACGUGCUGAAUACGACGAGCUGGCCGGCAGGGUCAGUGGUGCGGCAUCUGCUCGUGGCUACAUGAGUCGUCGGUCUGCCGGUAGCAUGGGCAUCCACUUGACAGAGAUGCAACCAGUAGUAUGCAGCAGAGGCACAGUGUGGUGUCGCUUGUUUCCGUACGUACGUACUUGGAUCGUGCCGUGUAUGGUUAUCGGUUACCGUUGGUGUUGGUGUACUCCGCUGCAGUGUAUGAAUAAAGGAUGUAAUAAUGACGUGUGCCACUAUAUAUAGUGUCAGUUCAUGGCUCUUUGAUUUGUGAGCAAAUGGUUUUUAAUUUUAAAUAAUGGAAGUUCAACUUCGGACC